CUCUUUACUGACAGUAUCUGUACCUGCUCUAUCUGUGGGGGCGAGGCCUCUGGCCUCUCACAGAAUAUAAAAAGGAUGAAAAUGUGAGAGGCAGCAUCACUACCACCAGCUUUCAAAGAGCAUCUGAAGCCCUGAGAGAGCAUCUGAAACCUUCACGGAAAUGCAUUUUUCUGUCCUGCUUAUGCUGGGCAUCUGCCUGGUGCCCGCUGAGCUUAAACCAGCAAAUGAAUAUCUUGGCAGUCCUUUUCUUCAACGAUCUUUUGAAGAAGCAAGGAAAAUUGUGGAUGAUGCAUACAAGUAUUCCAGAGAAGAGAGUCUGAGACGAGUCCGCAGGGAUGUGGUGAGUCCUCAUGAUGCUCUUCGUCUCCUGAAGCAGCCCCGAGGUGACACACGCUCAGCUGUGCGAUCUGCAGACUACAUGGCACAAACCAUCCGUCUUGUGCAGGAGAAAGUGCAUCAUGUGCACAAGCGCUCACUCAAUGCAACAGAUUUGCUCACUCCCGAAGAUCUUCAAAAACUUGCUCAGAUUACUGGAUGUGCCGCUCGAGUCAAAGCUCCGCAGUGCGUCACCACACCGGACCUCAUCAAGUACCGCACAAUCACCAGCGUGUGCAACAACCUAAAGAACCCACGCCUCGGUGCUUCCAACACACCCUUCACCCGUUGGCUGCCUGCUGAGUAUGACGAUGGCGUCUCCGAACCCAAAGGAUGGAACAGGACCCGGAAAUUCAACAACUUCUUGCUCCCACUGGUCCGACAAGUGUCCAACAACAUCCUAAGCACACAAGACGCAGGCAUAAGCAACGAUUCCGUGUACUCUCACAUGGUGACCUUGUUUGGCCAGUGGAACGACCAUGAUCUCACCUUCACACCCUUCUCACCCAGCAUCCGUUCCUUCAGCAAUGGGGUGAACUGUGACGAAAGCUGUGAGCAGACCGAGCCAUGCACCCCCAUCCCGCUUCCUCCCGGCGACCCUCGCUUAUCCUUCUCUCAGUGCAUCCCUGCGUUCAGAUCCGCCCCGGCUUGCGGCACAGGAUACAGUGCCUUAAAUUUUGGUGGUGAGCCAAACAGGAGAGAGCAGGUCAACGCGCUGACAGCCUUCCUCGAUCUCAGCCAGGUGUACGGCUCUGAAGAUAAGCUCGCUCUAACUCUUCGCAAUCUCACUGAUGAUGGCGGACUGUUGCGCGUAAACACAGAGUUCAGAGACAACGGGCGUGAGCUGCUGCCCUUCCACAGUCUCCAAGUGCAAAUGUGCGCUACUCGCAAAAGAGUCACCAAUGAUACAAACGCCAGGGAGAUUCCUUGUUUCAUCGCAGGUGAUCCCCGUGUGGAUGAAAACAUCGGCCUGACGUCCCUUCACACGCUGUUUUUGCGUGAGCAUAACCGCCUUGCUCGUGCACUGAAGAGGAUAAACCCCCACUGGGACAGCGAGACACUCUACCAAGAGGCUCGCAAGAUCAUGGGUGCUUACACACAGUUGUUUGUGUUCAGAGACUAUCUGCCGCACAUUGUUGGCACCGAUGCAAUGCGCAGACAGCUUGGCCGCUACCCCGGCUAUAAUCCCGCCGUUGACCCCAGCAUCUCCAACGUCUUUGCAACCGCAGCUUACCGCUUCGCCCACUUAGCUAUUCAGCCACUUAUGUUCCGCCUGGAUACAAACUUCCGGGAACACCCUCAGUUCCCUAGUGUGCCCUUGUUUAAGGCCUUCUUCACACCCUGGAGAAUCGCUUUCGAGGGUGGAAUUGACCCUCUGCUGCGUGGUUUGUUUGGCAGUCCCGCUAAACUGAACACCCAGGAUCACAUGAUGGUGACCGCUCUGAGAGACAAGCUGUUCCAGUUUGUACAGCAUAUAUCCUUGGACCUCGGUUCUCUCAACAUGCAGCGGUCGCGUGACCACGGCAUCCCUGGCUACAACGCCUGGCGAAGGUUCUGUGGUCUGUCUCAGCCCAAGAAUCAAGAAGAGCUGGGUAGGGUGCUGAACAACAACGACCUGGCCCGCAGGCUGCUGGAGCUCUAUGGAACCCCCGACAACAUUGAUGUUUGGCUUGGAGGCGUUGCAGAGCCAUUUGCCCAGGGUGGUCGUGUCGGGCCUCUGUUUGCUUGCCUCAUCGCAACCCAAUUCCAAAGGAUUCGCCAGGGUGACAGGCUGUGGUACGAGAAUCCAGGUGUCUUCACCACACAGCAGAAAGCGGCUCUGUCUCGUGUGACACUGUCCAGUAUUAUCUGCGAAAACACCGGGAUUCAAUCUGUCACCCGUGAUGUCUUCAGUGUCACGUCUGCAAGCAACCGGCUCACGACAUGCUCAGCGGUGCCUCGUCUGAAUCUGGCCGCUUGGCGGGAGAGACGCUGCAGCUCAGGCAACUGUUUUCCACCCAACGCAGCCAAAGCAGACGUUCUGAACAGGGUGCAAAGCCAGGACCUCAAGGGCAAGAAGGUUGUUGAAGACCUGCAGGACAAUGAGGUCAUCGAAGACCUCCAGUACGAUGGGACUGCUGAAGACCUGGAGGCCAAUGAGGUCACAGACGACCUGCGGCUCAAUGGGGUCACAGACGACAUGCAGGGCAAUGAGUUACAGUAGGACUACAAUGGCCCCAAAGACCCACCUUGACUUCCAGCAUUCAUGCCUGAAUGAGUACAUCCAUAUCCAGAGAGAAUCACUUGUUCCCAUUAGCUCAUGUACAACAAACAAACCCACUGGAGUGCACAGACAGCCCUUUCUACAUGCAUUAUCCCUGGAGUCUAUGGGUUUAGCUUCAUCGGUGCAGAAAGUGUAGGCCUGUGACACAGAAACAAGCUGCUGCUGUACAUUUUGAAGGUCUACCAGGGAGUUCAGCAUUGGUCAUUGGGAGACAUGGCACUUAACUAAAAAAAUCUGCUCUUCCCUGUAUGACACACUGAACUGUGUCAAAGACAGACUGUCUGUCUGUCUUUGGAUCUGUUAUCAUUACUCUGCACUUUGCUUUACGUUAAUCCGGUCAUAAAAAUUGAGCAUUAUUGGGGAGGACAUACUGUUUUUUUUCUGUAUGGCUAGGUUAGGGCACAUUGUACAACUACAUUUUAUAUUAUCCUGAGAGAUUAACAUAUUAUUUGAAUUUUAGCAAUCAGCUUUAAGAGUGUGAAAUGUGAUUUCAGCAGAUAUGUUCAACUCUGUUACAGUAUGCAGUUUAUCAUACCAAAAUUAUUAUUUUAUCAGAUUUGAUGAUGAGAUUUACUAGUGCUAUUACGAAGAUUUUAUGCACAGAUGACAUGUAAGCAUACCUUGAAAAUGUUGUAUAUUUUGCUUUGUCUGCUUUUCAUGGAACUUGUCCAUCUUAUGUUGCAUUUUGCAUUCAAUAAAAAAUAACUGAGCUGCAAUAAA